CUUAAUACUUUACCACUGAGCUAGGUGUGGCAGCGCAUGCCUGUAGUCUCAGAAUUUGGGAGACUGUGAGUUCGAGGCAGCCUGAGGUACAUAGUGAGCUCAAGGCCAGCCCGAAGUACACCGUGAGACCCUAUCUCAAACAAAGUUUCGCCACUGAGUGACUCGCUGUUCUGUGGAUGAGCUGACCACACUGGGUGAGGUACUUGGUCACCUUUGCCACCACCAUGUCCAUAGGUAGCGCAAGUCUUAGGGAUUAGGGAUUUCUAACCCUGAAAAUGCCUGCCGGCGGCCGAGGCUUUGCUUCACAGUAAGAUUAAUGGUCUUGCAGUGAAGGACAGAACAGAGCCUGGGGGCCCUUCAUCAGCCUUGCAUUCUGUUGGAAUCCUAGUGAGUGAGUUACAAGGCCUGGGUAAACACUGAUGUGUUGUUCUGGACCCCAAGGAGCCCUUUACUGGGUUCCAAGUCAGCUUCAGUUUGCAUAUGUGCUGCUUGGGUGGGCGUCAGGGGAGUGCUGCACUGUGGCGUGCUGUGGGCGCUUGGCUCGUGGGUCUGGUGACCUGCGAGAGGGGCUUUGUCGUGUGCUCAGGAGGCCCAGGGGACCACAGCAGUGAAGUGAAGGGACUGCCUCCAACUUGGCUCUUCCCGGCGGUGAGGUCUGUGCAGGCUGUUCCAGGGGACUGGAGACACCCAAGUAAGUAUGCAUGCUGCAUACUGUGGGAGGCUGGGGUUUCUCUGACAGAGGAGCCAUCCCAGUCCCUUGGUCUCCACCCGCUGCGUGGCUAGUCCUGGAGGGUGGCAGUCCUAAUCCCAUCCCUGAAGGCAGAGUCCUGAGACCUAACUAUGUGCUUUUUAACAGUGUCACCUUGGGAUUUAAGCUCCAACACAAAAGUUUUGGAAGGACUCAUACAUUCAGAUUAUAACAGUAGUCAGUGAUGCUCUUUUCAAAUCUAAAACGUGGUUCUUUCAGAGAAGAACUUUUUUUUUUCCCCCCCAGGAAACACAUUCUUCCAAUGGAAAAGAACUUUUAAUUCUAGCAAUUGUUCUCCACUUCUGAGUUAGCAGAUCCUUUCAUAUAUUUAAGUUACUUGUUUAGACUUUGUAGUCAAUAAUGGAAAGUUUGUUUUCAGUACUCAUUCAGCACACAUGAGCUUCUCUUCCUCUUUAGUCUUAGCCACCUUGAGCUUUAGUUUAGAUAACCCAGGUGUAAGCACCUGUAGAUGACAAGCGGACAUUGUUAACAGCAGUGUGACUGCAUAAUGCCUAAGCUGUCUUUCCUCCCAGGACAGCGCUUUCUUAUAGAGUUGAUUGCAAACAACUUUGAUGUGUUAAUAUUUAUAACUAGGAGUAAGUAUGUUAUAACAUGUAACAAAUAAACAUGUAACCUAUUGGGCACGAUAGACCAUUUAGAUGUUACUGGAGAAAGGAAAGAUACUUUUAAGUUGUUCCUGUGUUUUCCCUUGUUGUUUUGAGUAAUUAGAUGGGACAUUGAGGAAUUACACAUAGGUAAUGGUCAAGACCAUGGAUUUGGGGUUAAGGAAGGUAUGGGUUUGAAGCUUUGUCUUUACUAGCUGUUACACGAUGUCAGUUUCAGGUUCUUGUCUACAGAAUGGAAAUCAUAGAAUACCUUGCUGAUAAGGAAGUUGUCAGGUGUGAGUAAGAUGAUGUAUGUGAGCCCCUGGUCAAUGUCUCAGUUUGUCACCCUGCUUGUUUUACACUGUCUGAAUGUGUAAAUAUGUAAGUGCAGUGGGCUCAGCUUUUCUCAUUAAAAUUUGGAGACUUUAUAGUUUUAAAAGUUAAUAUUUUAACAAAAUACAUGUGGGCAGCAGUGUUUCUGGUGAGUGGAGCCGUGGAGUCAGAAGAAUGGGUUCAUUUUCCUUCACACUUCGAACAUGUAAUACAGUACACUGGAGCUGCAGAGUGGCUGUAAAACUUAAACAGGAGACAAUGGGAAGAUGUCCUUACCUUCCUUUGAUGCUCAGAGCAUCCUUUACAGUGUGGGAAAAAAAUGGUGUAUUAAUGAUCUGCAGUGAUCUUCAUUGUAUAACAGCUAUGAUCAGAAGUCACCAGAAUUGAGGAAGGAUUACCAGUUAUUUUGGUGAAAUAAUGAAAUUCUAUGCCAAUGGAUUUAAUUUUUCAGUCAAGUUUUAAAAGGGGACCCCUUUUUAGUAAAAAACAGAUAUGUUGUGUCACUAGGGCAGUAUUGUGCACCUGCUGUGUGUUCAGGCUUCCAGGAUUGUGUGAGUGACAGGGUCACAUGGGGCUGGCUCUCACCUGUGAAGGUCUCUGGGCGUGGAGACAGACACGGGAGCAACACGGUCCUGAGCUGUGGGCAUAGGGUGUAAGCCCCGGGUCUGCCCUGCAGAGUCACCAAGGGUGGCGUAAGAGCAACAUCUGUUCCUGUAACUGCCGGGCCUCCUCAGUGCCAUCAGGCUGAUGGAGCAGAAUGGCCCACAGGGUCAGCAGCUCACUGUAGCCUUACUGUGGAGGUCCACAGGGCCCUAAGUCAGCCACCUGCUUCUGGUACAUGUCAUACUGGUUACAGCAGGAUCUCCCUUAGAGCAAAUUGAGGACACCUAUCUCUAUGUAUCUUGAUAGGGUUAGGGAUCUGUGUGUCUGCAAGCACAUACACAGCAUAUCCACCCUCGCUAUUCCCAAGUGGCCAUUACCUGGGAUGGGUCGGUGAAAAGGCAGGUUGGUCAUAGGCAGACUGAGGCAGGAAGCCUUAGGACACAGUGUCACAGUCGACCUAGGCACACACAGACUGCUGCAUGUCACAGCCUCACCACCCCCGUGUGGGUCAUAAACCAUUUGGGGCUGUCUUCCUGUAGCAUGGAAGAAAGAAAGACACCCGGUUGGCGAUGGGGCAGUGUUACAGAACAAAAUAAGCCUGAACCCUGGAGGUGAUUUAAAAACACUUCCUUGCCUUCUAAAAUGCUGAGAUUAGUUCAGAAUUAAAUUUUGCCUAUUAUUUUCUUCUUCCUUCCUCUUUUAACAUGUUUAAUAUAUGUUCAUGGUGGCAUUUGCUGCUACUAAUACCCAUACUGCAGAGAUGUUUGAAUGAGGAAUAAUUUUUAGGAAGGUUUUUGUGAAGCAACUGUUGGGUGUUUAUUUCUGACGAGGCCAGCUGGUUGCCCUGAAGGUUGUUAGUUCUGCAGAAUGCAGAGAAGAAAGAAGCUGUAGUGUGAUUGAACACUCUGAAAGGUGAAGGCAAUACGAGCCCAUAAAGAUUUCCUUCUGUAUGUCAGGAUGGGGUAGAGUUUCAGACACCACUGGUCGUAAUGAUACAGAUGGUUUUGUGAAAGCCGGUUUCGUGUCCCUUGUUUGUAGACCUGGUGAUUUUUAUUUUUUGAUUGGCACUGUGGGAUACAGUAAUGACAUUUAUCCUGGCGAGUGGGGUUCAUGUCAGAAGUUUCACCGUGGAGAAGUAUGUUUGCGUAAUGCUCCAGGGGCUGGUACAGCACUUGCUUUCUAGUGGCCGCUGUAGUCCUCUGGAGGGACAGUGGGGGAGAAGGACAGUAUUGACUGCUAGAUCUUGCUUUCCCCUUCCAGCCCGGAACUCUGCGCAGAAGCUUUACUGUUCUGUAGGUGUCUGUUGUGGGAGGCAGUGGGGAGGGCUUCUCCACUAGACCCUCAGGCUUAUCAGCACCUGUCUGCAGGACAGCGCCCCAUCCUCUGCCUCCUCCCUCUACCCUCUCUCACCUGAGCCACCCAGGGUCCUGGCCUGCUCAGGGGUGAUGUCUCCCUCCAUUCGUGAACUCAGGAGGGAUCAAGAACACAUUGCAGAGUGUCGCAUAGUGAUGGCUUUUUCAGUGCUAUGGGAAAGUAGGAAGAUUACCAGAAUGGAAAGACAGGAAGCAAAGACAGGCUUUCUCAUGGUGGGAAAGUCAUAAUAAAAGUGAUCACAUCUCUGUGUGAGCAGGAAUGUGCUCUGUGUACAAGUCCUGUGUUUAGGCUGUUUCCAUGCAGUGAGCUUAACACCGGUCCAUGGCAGAGCCAUGGCUGGAGGCCACAGAGUCUGACUCACAGCGCUGGCCCGCACAGCCAGUGCUGCUGCAGAUGACCUUGACAAGCACUGCAGAGUUCUAGGUGUCCCCUGAUUCUCAAAGUCUGCUCAUGUCCUUCCCAUAAAGUUCAAUAAACCCUUAUUUCACACAAUUUCUGUCUGCAUCUGGUAAGGGGUGAAUAAUACGUAAGGUGAGAAGAGAAUUCUGAAAUGGUGAAUUCACGUUUGUGUUUGACAGAGAUUCUGUAUGCAUGCAUGCUAUGGAAUUCAGGGACACUUAAAUUCAUGUGUCUAAGAGCUAUGGAGUAUGUGUUCAGUACAUGAAGCAUGGCCCAAUCUUUCUGCUUCUGAGUGUUGAGGUAGAGACUCGGUGAGAACAAAAAGAUCAGUCCACCCUUUGUAUCCAGAACUUAGUUCCUGCAGGAUUUCUGGAAAACAUGUGUUUCUAAUAUGUCAAAACUGGUUUGGCUUAAGCUGAAAAGAAAAUUGUAGCCUGAUUUGUUUAAAGGAACAAAAAAUUGUCCACAUGCCAAAGUUUGAAUGCACAUCAAAUAGUCAGUUCUUAGUGGAUUUUUAUGUUUUUUUUAUUACUCUGAUAUUUAUUUCUCCAUCAUUGUGCUAAAAACUAAAAUUAUAUUCAGAACUACAAUAUUGCCCAUACAAGUUUUAUUUUUGUGGGUUUUUCCUUAUGUAUAAAAUUAUGGUGCUAUGAACAGUUUCAGUGUUAAUGAGUAACCUCAGUAAAACACUAGGAUGACUGUGUGGCAUAUUAUAAAUAAAAUAAAGCUUAGCAAAUUCAGGUUCAUUUGUUUUGAAAGCAGUAAUAUUGGAAUCACCUAAAUAACUUUUUCUCUCUGGCCUUUUAAAAUUCUUGUGUCAGUGAAGUGUGGCCCUGAGCUUGCCUGUGCUACAAGUGUGUGGGCCAGCUGCAGGGGAGGCCAGCUGCGAGAGUGGGAAGGAGGGCAGGUAGGGUGCAAGGCCUGGCUGGGUCCUUGGUGUUGCAAGAAGAAAAAAAAAGACCACACACCUCCUGCACCCACUCCCAACCGCCUUUCAUCUUAUCUUACCCACAGCAUGUGUAUCCACAUAAAGCCUUGUGCUGGAAUCAGUUCUCGGGGAUACUGUCAGCCAGCUGGGGCUUUUAUUUCAGACCCACGCUCAGGAGUAACCUACAGAUGCAGUCCUCGUAGAUGCAGUGUAAUAGGAACUCCCCGUUGGUGGCUUGGGUGUUUUGCUAUAAGCUGCCUUAAUCCAUAGAUUUUCCUACCAGCCUUGAAGUCAGAGCAAAGUGCGAGCCAUUUUGGAGUCUCCUGCGCCCAGCUGGGGGAGGGCGGGAGGAGCGGAGGGCUGCUUGUUUCGUGAAGCCAGUGCAUUCAAACUAUGCACAUGGUGCACUGUUCAAGUCAAAAUCGCCAUAGGGACAGAUGUUGCCAAUUUCAGGCGUACAGGGGGAAGGCCUAUAUUGCUAAGCAACGGUGUACUUGAGAGAGUGUUUUUAGGAGCGGAGCCAGGGGAGUUGUGCCUGGGCGCACUCACUGCUCCUUGUGGCUCAGUACCAGGAAAGGCAGGCAAAGUUCUUUCCUGCCAGGGCCGCCAUUGCCGCCACCAGCAGACAGCAGUGACCUGGCGGCACCGUGAGCUGGCAAGAGGAUGUGUGCAAACAGGAAAGUGUGGCUGCCAUGUAGGAGGGCAGCAAGACAUGCUCAGGGAGCAGACCUACCCGAGUGACAUCCACUGUGUUGAAGAGAUCCUGAAGGAAAUGACCCACUCCUGGCCACCGCCUCUGACAGCGAUACACACGCCCAGCACAGCAGAACCCUCCAAGUUCCCUUUCCCCACCAAGGAUUCUCAGCAUAUUAGUUCUGCACCCCAAAACCAAAGACAACAUGACCCACCUCCAAAAGCCCAGUCCCGUUCGCAGCAAGGAACUUCCAUGCUGGAGCACGACCUGCAGCUCAGUGACAGUGAAGACAGCGACGGGGAGCAGACCCCAGAGAAGCCUCCCUCCUCAGCGGCACCUCCCAGCGCCCUGCCAGGGCCGGCAGCCUCAGCACAUUCCAGCAGUGCGGAGUCCGAGAGCACCACUGACUCCGACAGCUCCUCCGACUCGGAGAGUGAGAGCAGCUCCAGUGACAGUGAGGACAACGAGCCCCGGGACGUGCCGGCUGCAGAGCCCGAGCCUCCAACCACCAACAAAUGGCAGCUGGACAACUGGCUGAGCAAGGUGGGCCAGCCGGCCCUGGCGCCCGAGGGCCCAGACAGCACAGCAGAGUCUGCGCAGCGCAGGGCCCAGCAGGGGCAGGAUGACGACGUUGACAGCGCCACCGGGCAGGCAUCUGCCGAGCCCAAAUCCCCACCCCCAAGGAGCUGCAGCAGGGUGCCCCGGGCCCCUGCCGAGGCCCCCCACAUCAGCAGGAGAGGCGAUCACAAGUCCCCAGCACAGCAGGAGCUGCCAUCCCGGCAGACGGUGGGCACCAAGCACCCCAGGAGGCCUGCCAAGGCCUCAGCUCCAGCCCCAGCAGCAGAUUCCACGGCCAGCUCACAGGGGGACAAGGAGCUGGGCUGUGGCCUGAAGGACCCAACCAGCAAAGACAAGCCCCGGGUAAAGACGAAAGGCAGGCUGCGUUCUGGGGGCAGUAGGGAGCCUGGGACCACACCUCCAGCCCCCAGGGAAAAACAGCAGCCAGGGAGCUGCGCUCUGGUGCCCACCAAGGACAGUGCGGGGCCCCCGAGCCCCGAGCCCUUUGCACUCUUCCCCCUGGCGCAGGUGCAGGCCCCCGCCCAGGGCAGUGGCAGGACUAGUGGCUGCCGGCAGGCUGUGGUUGUCCAGGAGGACGGCUGUAAGGACACGCUACCACUACCCCUGAGGAACAGCAGGGUGCUCUCGCCGCUGAGGGACACGCCUGCCCCCCAAAGCCUGGUGGUUAAGAUAGCCCUCGACCUCAUCGCCAGGGUACCCCGGCUGCCUGGGAAGGGGGGCCGCCCCAGGAAGCUAGAGGAGAAGCCACCGUCUGCAGGGAAAACGCAGGAGCCAGAGAAGAGGAGCUCAGACACCUCCGGCAAGGUGACCCGAAAGAGGAAGGGGGAAGCGGAGAAAGACUAUGAAAAUAAGAAAAUCAGACUACAGAAAGAAGUCAAAUCACAGCCCUCUUUGUCUUCAUCCUCUCACAAAGAAUCUUCUAGAACAAAGACCCACAAGCCCUCCUCAGAGCCCUCGAAAAAAGAAAUGCUUGCCCCUGCACCUGUGUCCUCCUCCUCUACAUCCUCCUCCUCGUCCUCCCAGAAGCCAGCCAAGUUUGCACAUAAGCGGUCACAGCGGGAAGCAGACCUCUGCCAGGACCCUCCCCACAGUGCCAGUGCUACCAAGAGCAGCCACAAAGAGCCCUCUGCUCCCAAGCACAGGAAAGGCCAGCGCAGGGGCUCUGGGAGCUCCUCGGAACACAGAGGAUCUGGAGAUAGUACAAAUCCUUUUCCGGUGCCUUCUUUGCCAAAUGGUAACUCUAAACCAGGGAAGCCUCAAGUGAAGUUUGACAAACAGCAAGCUGAUUUUCACAUGAAGGAGGCCAAAAAGUUGAAGAGCAAAGCAGAGUCAAUGACCGACAAGGUGGGCAAGGCCUUUAAGUACUUGGACGCUGUGCUGUCCCUUAUCGAGUGUGGGAUCGCGAUGGAGUUGGAGGGUCCGGCAACCAGGUCGGUGUACUCUGUGUACUCGGAAGCGGUGGAUCUUGUCAAGUUCACGAUGUCACUGAAAUCUCCUGAUGGCACCACACAAGAGAAAAUAUUCGCUGUUCUAUGCAUGCGGUGCCAGUCCCUCCUGAACAUGGCAAUGUUUCGCUGUAAGAAGGACAUAGCAGUGAAGUAUUCCCGCACCCUGAAUGAACACUUCAGGACCUCUUCCAGAGUGGCGCAGGCUCCUUCUCCGUGCAUUGCCAGGAGCACGGGCGCACCAUCCCCGCUUUCCCCAGUGCCUUCUCCAGCCGGCUCUGCCGGGGCCCCGCCGAGCACUGGCAGUCUGGGGAGCAGUGGGACGCCUGCCAUGGUCAGCACCCCCGUCACCAUCCAGAACAUGACCUCUUCCUACAUCACCAUCACAUCCCACGUCCUCACUGCCUUUGAUCUCUGGGAGCAGGCGGAAGCCCUCGCAAGGAAGAGCAAAGAAUUCUUUGCUCAGCUCAGCACAAAGACGUGCACCUUGGCCCUCAACAGCAGCCUGGCAGACCUGGUGCAGUACGCACGGCAGGGUUUUCAGCGGCUAAAACAAGUAACCAAGACACCUUAACAGACUCCCAGCUGGACCCAACGCCUUGGGAACUGUCUUUGCACAUUGGAAGCUCAGAACCAGUCUGAACAUUUGUCUUAAAAGUUGCUUUGGGAGAUGACCUGAAGCGUGUCCACUUACACUCUGGAGAGCUGCAUGGCCACCGCUGAGCACUGUGGCUGUGCAGAAGUGGGGCUGGGGUCAGCCCAGACCCCAGCUUUUCCCAGCUGUGGGUAGAAGUGCGGCAUCGCUUCCCCCAGCCGUGCAGCUAGUCUGGGAUCCUGUCCCUGGGCUUUUGUUUUGUUCUGUUCUGAACCAAUGGGGUGCAACUCUGAAAGCAAAUGCACAUCAUCUCCGCAGUCACCCUGGCCCACCCCCAGAAGGAAAUGUUGUAAAAAUAAUGUUUGGUGAAGGGUUUUGUGAUUGAUUUCUUUUCUAAGUUUUGGGGAGGAUCUGUUUAAUGGAUUCUGAUGGCCAUCGUGAAAGACUGUACUGUAGCCUUUUGUCAGGAAGCAGUGGCUCUGAUAAUAGCAAGUAUUAUCCUAAUUUAUAAAAUCAAAGCAAAGCCCGUUCCCUAAAGGACUGCACUCUCAUCCUGGUGCAGAGGCCUCUGACUGUGCUGGAAGGCAGUGUGUAGAGCCCCUGGUCCUCAGGGGACUUAGCAUCACCACCAUCCCCACCCCACUUCCGGGAAGAGGACUUGGUGGCAGGCAAUUGCCCUGGACCACCUUAUGCAUUUCCUGUCUCGGGGAAGCAGGGAAUCAGCGUUUAUGCCUGGCCAGGUGGCUGAUGUGCUUUCUGAGUUUCAUUCAAGCGCCCCUGGGAUCUGAGGGGCUGGUGAGUGGCCUGCAGUUGUGGUGUGCCUUGUGUGUGACCCACUCUUGAGUUUCGUCAGUGAACAAAGGAAAAUGAAAUCUACUUCUUAGAGAGGCUCUAUUUUUCUGCUACAAAUUAUUUUAUAUUUAUAGCAAAACUAAACUUUCUGAGCUUUGAUUGACUAGAGGAAGUUAACUCCUCAAGACGAGGUGGAGAUUUGGGGGACUGAUGAGACUUUUUAAGAAUCGUCACCACAUGCCUUCACUCCAUCGUGUUCUGGCGAGGCUGAGGAGGAACAGUGGCCUUCCCAAGUUCUCGCCAUGCUGAGCAGGCUGGACCGGUUCCUUCAGAAUGACCGGGAGGAAGGGGCACAUCAGGAUUCCCACAGGCCUGUCACCCAGGUCCUCCGUCAUGGAGGCUCAUAUUGGAAAUACUCUUCUGAGUGCAGUGUUUUUUAAAGCCAACUCUUUUUUGCCCCUUUUAGAAAAUACAAUUUGCACAUGAAUUACACUUGAGGGGUGUUAGCUCUGAUUAAUUCCUCCCCCUCCACCCAUUCUGCGCUGCUGCGCAUUUCCUUCCACGCAUGUUUCAUGGGUCGGUAUUUGUUACUCAUGGAGAAAAGAGAAGCACCUUUGUAAACAAGGGCUCCCGUGCCCUCUGGUGACUUCGGAGGUCUCUGUCGUGUGCUGCCUGUGUACAGAGCCAGGUGGACGGCGGGAGGGGCGUGUUGGUUUCACACGGAGCUGUCCUGUGAUGCUGUCUGUGAGCCUCGCUUCCACCUGUCCUGUCCCCUCGCCAGGUUACAGCAGUAGCUGUCUGAGCAGAGAACCUUGAUGUGCAAUCUUGACAAAGCAGCUUCUUCGCGGUUCCUCUGAUGCAAACUCGUGGUCUUUCUAAGCUCCUAGUUGAGAGAGCUUUUGUUACUCAACAGUAACUGCUCCGCAGGUUGAGUGCUUGGUGCUGUGUGUCUUGUGUGGCGGGGACACGGCGCCCAGCUCCGGCCUGUGCAGUCUGCUGCCGCUCUGUCCCUGCCCCUUGGCUGUCCCCUCCCUGCUGCAGAUGCAGCUGCCUGUCACUCAUGCAGAGCAUUUGCCCUCCUGGUGAGGCGCCUUUGUGCUGGACCCAGGUGUUUCUCAGCAGUUCUCAAAGAACUUCUUCCAUGGCCUGAUUCUUUGUAGGAUUUUUUGCUAAUCUCUAUUAAAUUUUAUUUGUCCCUUGACAAACUCAGCAGGUUUGGAUAAAUCAUUGUGUGCUGCUUCAGUCACCAGGUUUUUGAUUCUGAUGACAGCACUCACUGCACCUGAAAGGGGGAGGUGGGGGCUCCCCCGUGCUCUGCAGUGUCCGCUUACGGUGCAGGGAUGUCCACGCAGAGUUCUCUAAACCAUUUGCACUUUCCCACUGCAAGGUUCCGAUCCCCAGUACCAGAAUUUACACGGAAGGAAGGAGUUUGAGGCAACUGCAUUAUGAAAUUAAGUCUUGGAAUAUGUGAUGUUAUCCUGACAGCAACAAUCCCCACUUCACAUCAAGACAAAGAAAAGCAUCCCAUGGAGUAAACACAGCGUGAAUGCUGCCAGUGCUAUGGGGGGUGUGCAUACGCAUUCACAGUAGAAGAUGGAAAAGCUUUCACUUUAAAAAGUGUUGAAUGACCCUGAAUCAGUGAACUUAAGGACCCUGCUAAAUAAUGAAAAAUGCUAUGAAAGUCCACCAGAUCGUACCCCAGGAAGGUUGUGAAGACACAGGCCCCUUGGUCCUCGGCUGCAGAGGGGAGGGCAGCGGGCAGUUGGCAGGACAUCCGAAUUGUCUGACUGUCUGAUCUGUCCCGUGUUAUGAUUGGUCACAGUCCUGAACGGGAAGAGCACCUGAUUUUUUAAACUGUUGUUUUAUAGAUCUGUUUUGGCCAAAACGUGUAGCUAUUACCCCCAACAAACUGGACAUUUACCUCUCCUGCUCUGCAUCCUUUGCUUCCAGAUCUCAGGGUGUUCAGAAGCUAAGAAAAUGUGACCCCUUUCCGGGCGAAACCUUGCCUUCACUGGUCCUUAUGCAUUAAUGUUGGUAGGCUUGGGAACUCCUGGGCUGUCCUCCACGCUGUUAGCUCUGCUGUACUGAAGAAGCCAGUUACACCAGAGCGCAUGUUGUGCUUCGUUGACCAAACCUGGUUUUAAAACAAUGUCACCCUCUGUUCAGCCACAGCGUCGGGGAUGUUAUAAGAGGCUUACAUCUUUCACCCUUCUGCUCUGCAGGGUUUGAAGAAUGAUUGCACCCCUUGAGGUGAAUGAGUUGGGCUUUUAUAAAUGUAUUUCCAAGAAUUUCCAUGCCUCCUGCCCAAUUUCUUUUUCGAAUGAUUUAUAAUCCCCAGUACAACAAAAUGUUUCAAAAACUUUAUCACUUCUUGAUAACCAGUAUUUCAACCUUGUGAGAAUUUCCCAGGAGUGUCUGGGUGCGCAGGGGGAGGCCCCUCGCUGAGUGGAACAUUGCCGCGGUGGACGCCACUGGGGCCCAGGCGGUGGCUCGUCCCCGUGGGUCUGGGCUUUCGUGUUUGGAAAUGACAGAAGUAAGAUGUGUUCCUGUGCCUGGGCUUUGUGUCUCCCCACUGCGGGGAGGGCAGCCGGGCGCUGGAGGCGCUCCUUCAGGCGAGCCCUGGCAUUCCCCUAGGUUGUCUUCCCGAAGCAUUGACAAGCACCGUUUACCACUUACCCUUGGGUGGCUGUCCGUUCCUUGCGGUCUCGGGGAACGCAGUGCGUCCUGUCCCGUUCCGUGGGACACCAGGUACUGCGUCCGGUAGCAUGUGGCCACCCCGUCCACUCAGGGCGCACCGAGCAGGGAAGGACAGCUCGCUGGGCGACUCCGCAGCGCCGAGCUCCCUUUGCUCAGGCCGGGCGGUGCACUGUUAGGAGGCUGCCCUGCGGCCUGAAUCUCCCCCUCCUGAAUGUGAUCACGUUUCGAUAAUACCUGCGCAGGGUUGCCUUUCUUAUUUAUUAUCAUUGUGUAUUAUAUAUUUUUUGCUUUCUUAUACUGUAGAGGAAAAUAAAAUCCUGCUAUUAUUGAGACGAUUUUAAGAGGAGUGGAUCGUCUAGCUGAUAAGUGAAAAUCACUGGGCGUCUUUAAAAGGACGAGCUCUUCAGCAGCAGUGGGUCGGUGCGCGCCGCCGUCAUGGUCAUGGUCAUGGUCACAGUCACAGUGUGCCUGCGCGAGCGGGCGGGCGGGGGCGCCGGUUACAGGCACACCUGCCACUCACACCUGCGGCAGCGCGACCUGCGGCUCUUGAGCCACACAGAGCUGCCUGGUGUCAUCCUUGGAAAGAGUCGUGCGUGGUUUGUGAGAGGAUCAUAAUUUUGUUUUUUGGAAGAAAAUUUUGCAAAAGAUCUUUCCAAAGAGAAUGUGCCACAGAUAUUUUGUUCUCUAUAAUGAGGAUUAAAUGCUGGUUUUUUAAAAAAUGUAAUUGAUUUGUUCAUCUUCAAAUUCUUUUCACGAGAGAAUCGAGCUGUUACAAUAAAAUUAAUAAAAAUUCAGAAAAAACA